CUGCCGCUGUCGUCGAGGUCGUCCCUGGGCUCACUGCCGAUGCCACCGCUGUCAGCUCCACUGCUGCUGUCUGCUCUGCUGCUGCUGUCCGCGCCGUUGUCGGUCCUGGUUCCGCUGUCGCCUCACUUCGGCGCCGCCCGGGCGUCUUCAGGCUGGAGACCACUGCCAGCAAACUUUGGGCCGCCAGUCGGGGCAGUGUCACCCGGUGUGCCAUCGCCUCCCAGAAUGCGCGGGCCACCAGGCAGGAGGACAUGAAGUGCUCCACUGUGUCCUUCCUCGGCAGCCUGCCCACCAGUGUUGCUGCUAUGCAUGUUGCCCACGGGCACAGGCAGUCCCCUGCAUCCAGUCACCAGGGCUGAGCACGUACCUCCCUGGGUACCUGGUAGAAAAACCGCCACCAUGUUUCCUAGUACUCGUAUGGGAGGCGGCGGUCCUGGAACUGCUUGAGGGGGUGGCAGAGCGACGGUUGCAGAGGCUCGCUGGCAGCGCCCAAUAGUACGAGAGGCGGGAGCUGUACGACAAGGCGCUGGAGUGGGCCGUCUUGCAGCCAUGGUGGGAGCGGUGGUGCCUCGUCGAUCGAGCCCUUCAGAUGGAUGUCGCCUCGUCGAUCGAGCCCUUCGAGGACCGCCAGGUUCCCUACGCCCUCUGGGAGACUCGCUGGAGGUUUUUCCAUGGUGUCCCACUGGGCGUUGCCGCUGGCGCUCUGUGGCUCUGCGGCAUAGUGCGGCUCUGCUUGUGGGUGGCGUGCUGGGCAGAGGCGCUGUGGCUCGGCGAAGAGCGCGAGGACUCCGUUGCACAUUUUGUGCACGACUGCCCGGUGUGCGCAAGCCAUCUGGGCUGAGGUGGUGGGCCACCUGGACUGGCCGGACUUCUUGCGCCUUCCCUGGGGUGCUCUCGCCUGGGGCAUUGAGCCGGAGGAUAUGGAGCCCCCCUUCCGUGGGCCGCGACACAGCACGGCAGCGGGCCCGGCAACGGCUGCGACAGUGGAGGCCAGUGAUGCCCCGCAGUGGCAGCGCCAGCAGCAGCAGCGGCAGCAGGAACGACGGCCGUGGGAUGGACGUUCGGUGCUGGGUGUCGUCCCCUCAGCGCAGGAAUGCCCGGAGCCCGGGGAGCAGUCCGGCGGCGGCGGCAUGGGGGACGCGGCACCCUCGUCCACGGGGGCUGCCCGCGCCACGGGGCCCCGUCUGCGCACGACGCAGGCUGUGCUGGGCGCAUGCCUCGGGCACUUCUGGGCGGUGCUGUGGUCGAUAGUGCGGCUGCUGGUCCUCCUGGUUCUGCAGGUACUGGUGGCAGACAGGCGGCAAGAACUGCCUCGUGAGCAGCAGUGCAGGACUCCGUCCCCAGACUGGUCUGCAGCCUGCGUGGUCGAUGGAGUCCUCGCCUCCUUGGACAUUGUUUGCGAGGUGGAGCGAGGACGCUAGCCUCUGUGCAAGUGGGCCCGCCUUUGGCCCUGGACAGCGGCCUCGGCUGAUGGGCCAAUUACGUGAUGGGCUGCCGGCUUGUUCUUGACUGUUUUUUUCUGUUUGCUGCUGGACUGUGUUUCAAUGUCGCAGUGGACAAUGGGCCCUCCUGCUUGGUGAGGGUUUUUCCUCUACAUUUUUCAGUUUGCUUUUGCUUAUUGUUUCCACAUGAGCCUGGCUUCCUGGUUUUACAGGAAGUUGGUU